AUGAUUGACAUUCUUUUGGACGAUGCGCCCGCCCGUUUGGCUUUGCCACUUAAUAAAAUGGUGGCAAAAAUUACCAAUGCCCUGUGGCGAACACCGGCGACCCUGACCCCUACCUUAAAAGGAGUCGAGAGGCGCUACUACAUUCCCCAGUUGGGGCAUGAACACCUGUACUCCCAGCCUGUACCGGGGUCCUUGGUCGUUCAGGCUGCGGCCCAAAGGGAGAAGCUUCCCCAGCCGGAGCCGUCCCCGAAAGCUAGGGAGUCCAAGCAUCUUGACCUGAUGGGCCGGAAGGUGUACGCCACCAGUGGGGUGCAACUCCGCAUUGCUAAUCAGCAAGCGAUGCUGAGUCGUUAUGCUUUUAAUACCUGGCAGGCCGUGGAUAAGUUUAAGGACAAGCUGCCAUGGCGUCAGGAACCACUAAAAGAGGAGGUAUCUGCUACUCAGGAAGAAGUACUAAAGAAAGUGGAUGAAGUAACUAUUGCAAAGACUUCCCCAAGACCAAAGUCUACUGCACAAGCACCUUUGAAAAAGCCCCCAUCAUUUAAACAAAUAGAAAAGGAUCUGAAGACUCUUAGUAAAGAUCUUAUUCACACAAGGCAUCUGAUCAAUUCAGUGAAGCAGGGGCGGGGGUAUUUCCACACACUUCAGAAAGAAACAUUGGAGAGGAAGAAUGCACUGAAAUCAGCACGACAAAAACAAAUGGCAAAAUGGCGAACUGAAUGGCAGCCACCCAGAGACUCCUCAGAUGAGGAAGAGUCUGAGGAAGAACUAACUGAUUUCUUUUUAACAGAGGGUCCCCUGCUAAGGAAGAAAGCAAAGAAGAAAAAGAAGACUGUCAUACAACCAUUCAUCCCUGUCUACAACAGCCUUUUGGUUUCACAGCCUAUUGCAUUACAUGCUGAACCAGUCUUUCGACAGCUUUGUGCUCUACACUGGCUCUUGGAGGCUUUGACUCUCGAACCCACCUAUUCCUUAAAACCUCUGUUAACCUGCUGGAAUCCAAAGGACCCUGGUGGCUGUAAAAGUACAUUUAAAAAAAUCAAUAAGGACAAGGCAGCGAGGUAUAGAUGGGAGCACUUUAUUGUGGAUUCAAAGAAAUCCUGCCAGAAAACCCCACGUAGUCUGCUUGGCAAGAAGACAAACAAGAAAACAUCCAUCGUAAGCGUCUCUCGGCUUAGUGGUGUGUCAUCUCCCCAUAAUCGAACUCCUCUGGGCAGCAUAAGUUCUCUAGUCCCCAGCUCUGAAGACAAUGCCAAUGUGAAUACAGCAACCAUUGAUGUUGCCAAGGAAUGUGAAGACAGUGAGUCUGUAUAUAGCAGACAAACCAAAGAGGAUGAAGAGCCUAUUUCCUACUACCUACAGAAGUUACUCCAGACCAUAUACGAAGAUGUGGCAAAGAAUUUCAGUUCAGAAGAUGUUAAGAAGACUAGACUGCAUAGUUCGCCACUAGUAUAUCAAAGGAAUGAGAGAAUGAGCCUAACAAUGUUUAAGGAACAAGAGAGCAUACCGGGACAGAGACCUAAAAGUUCAGCAUCUGUGACUCUGAAGGAUGACAGAGUCAACACAACAUCCUCUAAGUACCAAGACAGCGUGACAUCACUGGACCAGAGGCCUAAAAGCUCAUUAUCUGUGACGGUGAGAGAGGACAAAUCUACCACAACUACCUUUAAAGAGGAGGAGAAAACAAAGCACAUAAAGAGGCCUAAAAGCUCCCGUGCCAGCUAUUUUAUUCAAAGUAAAUAUAAUUUGUGUGUUGAGAUGAGGCAGAAGUUCUCGGCAAUAGCAGAAGAAGCAGCUUUUUGUUUGCAUGACAACCUGGAGAUCCUUGAACGGAGGCGGGAAGAGAAGAGCUCUCAGAAGUACCAGUCUUUAAAAAAUAUCACGUAUUUUGAGAGAGACUUAGAAAAAAUGAGACAGUGUGGUCUGAGUGCUGAAAGAGAACAUGAUGAAGAUGAACACAACUGGUUUUCCAGUUUGCUGUCCAGAAUUCCGAACACUCUGAAGAAUGACAAUCACAUACAGAGAAUCUUAAAGAAACUGGAAAAGUUUGGCAAGAACCCAGAUGUGAGAAUCCGCCCCAGCACCUUUCUGAAGGUGCUGAAUGAGCUACGUGUAUGGGAGUUGUGUUCUCCAGACAUCUGCGCUGCCGUGGAGUUUGUGCGUGAAAAUAUUGUUCAGAUGCCAGAAGAGGAUUAUAAAGCAUGGCUUCAAACUCGCGUCAUAAUCCGCAAAAGAGCUCAUAGUGCUCCACCCUUGUGCUGAAAAGUCAGAGGAACUGGUUUCCUGGCCACAAGAGGGAUGUCACGCUGCUUCAAACAGCAUUCUGGUUGCUGUGGAGGUCUGCCUGAAUGAAGGAGGGGGAAAAAACUUUGGAAGCCACUCAGAUUGUAUAUGCUCUGUAGAUCUUGAAAUGUAUAACACCACAAUGCUUUUCUUAACACCAGCCAGGUUUACCCAGUGACAACAGAAAAUGAGAAAUCAAAUACUGCAGUUCUAUUCCAAGUGCCCUUGUGAGCUCACAGAAACAGCUCAUUCUCAGGUUUUCAUUUAGAAUUAAGACAAGUUGUAAACCAAAAUAUCACAUAAGAGUUGCAAACACUCCUCAAAUAGCCAUGGGGAACUGAGAAUCGACAACAUCUUUUCAUUUGCUCACCCUUUUUACUAUAAAACCUUCUGCUUUAGAUUUUUAGAUAGAGGAAAAAAACUAUUUUAUUUGUUACAGUCUACUCUGUGCUCCAGUUUUGCUAUCUAGCCCUUGCUUAAAAAAAAAAAAUCCUAGCACUAGAAUAUUUUAAGCUUUUGAACCAAAUCUUUUCUAUGUUAGUUUCUGUAUUUAGUUAAAAUGCUUGUGUUUGUUCUGUACAAUUAUUUUAGGAAUAUUCAUGUUGUCCUAGUUUUGCUUUAUUAAAAUCACUAUUCAAGUGUUCUGUA